AUGGAUCUUGUGAAGGCGGAAAUUGCAAGGCAACGCGAAAAACUCGCGAGUAGUGGACUUGUGGGUAACAACAAGUUCUUCAAACGAUCAUUAUUGAAACAAAAAGAGGAAGAAGAGUAUUUAAGUAAAUCCAAGCGUAAUAAGGAACAAGCAAACAACUAUGAAGAUUAUGAUUAUAAAACAAAGACAGAAGAGGAGGAUCUUUUGCUGAAAAAGUUCGAAGAAAGAAACCGAGAGGAGAGGGAGAAAGGAAAACUUAUGCCGCGCAAAGAAGUUAUUCGCCUUCUAAGGGAACGUAAUCAACCGAUACGAUUAUUUGGUGAGAGUGACUAUGAUACUUUUCAACGAUUAAAAAGAGUUCAACUUCUGGAACCGGAAUCAAAGGGAUUACGGAAUGAUCUUAUCGCUGCGUUAGACAAGAUAGAUGAUGCAGAAGAUGAAGAGUUUUACAAAUCCGGUCGUAAAGGACCGGAUUCAGAAUCUCAAUCCACCGAAAGUUCGUCAGUUUCUUCUGCUUUGGACGUUGAGACAAAAAAGAAUACUCUGACAGAAGAAGAACUAGAAAAGAUGAAAGUUGAUUUGGCCCGCUACGUCACAUUAAAAGAAGGCACGGCUACUGAUGACGCAACAACUGCAGUGGUCGCUAUCAGCAAACUUUCACCAAAUAAUGUGUGUACCAAUGAUUUUGACGAAGCUUUUCAUGAACAAGUAAUCGACCAUGUCCUCCGUUAUUUGAAGUUUCUUUUGUCCAAAUGGGGUCAUGCUCUAAAUACUAGAACUAAAGAGGAAAAGCUUUCUUAUUCCGGAAAAAUGGCUAGUGCAACUUACACACAGACUGUAGAAUAUAUCAAGCCACUUCUUCGUGCACUUCAAAAUAAUCGCUGUAAAGGGGAUAUUCUGAACUCCUUGGUUAAAAUUAUGGUUUUGAUGAUGGAUCGAAAUUAUCUAAAGGCUAAUGAUGCGUAUUUAGAACUAGCUAUCGGCAAUGCUCCUUGGCCAUUGGGUGUAACUAACCACGGUAUCCAUUCAAGAACUGCACAAGAAAAAAUCUAUGCCAAGAACGUGGCACAUGUUUUAAAUGAUGAAACACAACGUAAAUAUAUCCAGGCUAUAAAAAGACUAAUGACACAGUGUCAAAAGUUCUUUCCAUCUGAUCCGUCGAAAUCUGUCAACUAUAUGGGCACUGUUGGGUAG